CACUAGGGGCAGCCGCCACGUAGUCCUCGUGGUUUCUAAGCUGACUGACAAGCUUCAGAUUCUGUGUUUCCAACCCAAUCCAGAUUCCAGAGCUUAUAGGAAAUCCUCUUUCGCCUCCCCUAUAAAUAUAAUCUAGGUCGCUUUGGGUGGACAUUGACAUUAUUAUCAGCAACCAUGUCGGAAUCAGUUGUAGUCGGUGAGGCACCGGAAUCACUCGCCAGGGAGAGGUUUCGCAUAGGAUAUGCCCUGGCGCCGAAGAAAGUUCAGAGCUUUAUCCAACCUUCACUCGUCAGCCAUGCCUUCCAAAGAGGGGUCGAUCUUGUCCAUGUCGAUCUCAACAAGCCGCUGGUCGAGCAAGGGCGCUUCGAUUGCGUCAUUCACAAGCUGUACAGUGACGAUUGGAGGAAUCAGCUUGAUGAUUUCUCCCUCCAAAACCCUAGCGCCGUGAUAAUCGACCCUCUCGACGCCAUCGCGCGCCUCCACAAUCGGCGUUCCAUGCUUGAAGUCGUUAGCGACUUGAAGGUCUCAUGCGAGAGUGAGGUUCUCGGAAUUCCGAAGCAGGUUUUCAUCCCCGAUGUUGAUUCCGAGUCCUUGUCCGCCGCUCUUACUCGCGAGGGAUUGAGGCUUCCGGUGAUUGUCAAGCCGUUGAUUGCAAGCGGGAGUGCUGGCUCUCACCAGAUGUUUCUGGUUUUCAACGAAGAGGGGUUGAAGGAUCUGAAACCCCCGAUUGUAUUGCAGGAAUUCGUCAACCAUGGCGGUGUCAUUUUCAAGGUAUACGUCGCCGGGAAGCACGUGCAAUGCGUAAAGCGACGAUCUUUGCCGGACAUAUCCGAGGCUAACUUCGGUACAUCCGCGAAUUUGUUACCGUUCUCUCAAAUAUCAAAUUUAACUGCUCAUGAUCAAAGUGAUGACAGAUUUGCCAAGUUGAUUGAGGAGGCGGAGAUGCCUCCAUUGAGUUUCGUAACUGAAGUAGCUAACGAGUUGAGGCGUGCUUUGAAAUUGAAUCUCUUUAAUUUUGAUAUGAUUAGGGACACUCGAGCUGGAAAUCGGUAUCUUGUUAUUGAUAUCAAUUACUUCCCUGGUUAUGCUAAAAUGCCUUCCUAUGAGACCAUUUUGACUGAAUUUUUCCUUGACAUUGCACACCUGAAGAAAAACAAUCUGUACCCUUUUCACGGAUCUGAGAUUGGUUCAAAGGAUGACAAGCCAGCCUAGUUGUUUUGUGCUUAGAAUUUGGACUGCAGAGCUUUGUUCUUGACUAAAUGAAGGAAAAGCUAACAGAGGCUGCCCUAAGGUUUGAAUGAGGAAAGACCUUCUAAAUCCUUUAAAGGCGCGGAUGCUGAUCAUAGACUAGUCUUAGAUUCCACUUCUUUGUCUGUCAGAUAGCUGGGUGAGCCAUGCUGACUCUUUCUUCUUUCCUGUGUUGGACUUUGAAGCUGGUUGUAUGUCUAAACAUCUUGCUGAAUUUGGUGUUUUAGAAAACAUUUUAGGGAUCUUACAAGGAGUGAGAAAUUCAAUAUUUGAUCUUGAAUCUAUGUAUACAUUUAAGUGUAUUUGGUUUAUAAUUUUUCUUUUUCCAGGAUUCAUUGACCUCUAAUUUGCAAUGCUGUUUCAUGGGCUGAAUGAUAAUGUCUUUCUUGUUUA